CGGCGGCGGCGGCGGCAGCGGCGGCUGUCAGAGCUAGAGCGCGGCCGGCGGAGCAGUCAUGGAGGGUCAGCGCUGGCUGCCGCUGGAGGCCAAUCCCGAGGUCACCAACCAGUUUCUCAAACAAUUAGGCCUGCAUCCUAACUGGCAGUUUGUCGAUGUGUACGGGAUGGAUCCUGAACUUCUUAGCAUGGUUCCAAGACCAGUGUGUGCAGUGUUACUUCUCUUCCCCAUUACAGAAAAGUAUGAAGUGUUCAGAACAGAAGAGGAAGAAAAAAUAAAAUCUCAAGGACAAGAUGUUACAUCAUCAGUAUAUUUUAUGAAGCAAACUAUCAGCAAUGCCUGUGGGACGAUUGGACUAAUCCAUGCCAUUGCGAAUAACAAAGACAAAAUGCACUUUGAAUCUGGAUCAACAUUGAAAAAAUUCCUGGAGGAGUCUGUGUCAAUGAGCCCUGAAGAAAGAGCCAAAUACCUGGAGAAUUAUGAUGCUAUUCGAGUUACUCAUGAAACCAGUGCACAUGAAGGUCAGACUGAGGCACCAAGUAUAGAUGAGAAAGUAGAUCUUCAUUUUAUUGCAUUAGUUCAUGUAGAUGGGCAUCUCUAUGAAUUAGAUGGACGGAAACCAUUUCCAAUUAACCAUGGGAAAACUAGUGAUGAGACGUUGUUAGAGGAUGCCAUAGAAGUUUGCAAGAAGUUCAUGGAACGUGACCCUGAUGAGUUAAGAUUUAAUGCAAUCGCUCUGUCAGCAGCAUAGCAUUUCGACAGAAAUACCAAAUACUGUAUUAUUUGCCACAAAAGUUAAAUUUCUGAUGCCAUAACUAACUCAAUUUUUAAUAUUUUCAUUAACGUGACUGAUUAAACUUUAUGUGAAUAAACUUUGA